AAAGUCAGUAGUUAGUGCAUAAUCUGAUUAAGUUACGUAACUAAGGUGAUAAAUAAGUUCAAAGUUAAGAAAUAUUAUAAGUAAUUCAUGCUAAAACAGUUAAGAUGUGUGUGUUUGAAAUUUGCUCAGAGUGAGACGUCUUAGUCGCAAGCUAUCUUUGUAUUGUAUGUGCGGAAAUGGGAGCGAGGGAGCGCUCUGAUCUUUUGCCUAUCUUUGACGUUUUUUCUCCGUGAACGCUGUGAAAAGUGCUUCGGCAGUAUUAAAACAAUGAAUAAGUUCAUGUACACGCUAUAAGUGCCCUACACGCUUGUACCUUGGGAAACGUUCGUCUUUGAUGAGGACCGGAGGUGGACUCUGAUCAAACCUGCACAGUGAACUGCACUUCUCUGGAAACAGGCGGUUUUUACAUGUUCCUCUGUCAUCCAACCAGCUCGACCGACAAAGGACAGGAGGAACAGACUUUAUUCAGCAACAUGUUUUUAUCGGAGCUUUUAUCUCUGAGCCUCUUCGCUCUGACGGUGUCUGCGGUAACAGCAGGACAUGAAAACGGAACCGUGAUGGUGGUGGCAUCUGAAGGAAGUUACAUCAUCUUACCGUGCUCGCUCGGCUCCCAGGAGAGCCUCGUACAAACGCGCUUUGAUUGGAAGAAAAACGACCACAGGGAGGUGUUUGUGUACGAUGCUGGACUUCAUUACAAUAACGGCCUGCGAGGUCAAGACGAGCACUUCAGAGGACGCGUGUCACACUUUUCAGACCAGCUGAAGUUUGGUAACGCCUCCAUCAUCAUCAGAAACACCAAGGUGGCCGACAGUGGAGACUACACCUGUGAUUUUCCAUUUCAUCAACCAGACAGAGAAACAUUUAACAUCACCCUCGUUGUUGGUGCAGCUCCGAAGCCGUUUGUUGGGAUCCUGAACAUCAGCGAGGUCGGGGUGCAGCUGAAGUGUGAGGUCAGAGGUGCUUCUCCAAUGCUGAGAGUAGAGUGGAGGGACAGCGAUGGAAACAUCCUUCCUGCUGAGGAGCCACAGGUGUCACACACAGGAGAGCGCUAUGACAUCACCCUCCUCACCACGGUGACCAGGACAAACAGCAGCCUCUUCCACUGUGUAGCCACACAGGAGGAGAUGGGCCACCGAGCUGCUGACGAGAUCUUUGUUCCAGACCAGCUGUUUGAGUCGUGCGGUGGAGACAUCGUGCUCAUAGUUUCAUUUGUUUGUGGAAUUCUCUCUGCGGUCGUGCUGAUAGCUGUGUCUGUGUGUUUCCUCUACUUUACAGUGUAAUCGUCCAUGAAGCUUCUUCUUUGUUGGGUCUUUUAUUCUGUGUGUGUGUGUGUGGGGGGGGGUAGGUAUGCUAAAAAUACACUUCAAUUCAUUUCUCAGGAAAGGACAUCCUAAACUUCUAAACAGCAUUUACAAUUAUUUUUAUAUAAUUUUUUUGUUUCUCCAAAUUGACCAUAGUGGUGAUGUUGCCUUAACUGUAAUUUCUUUGUCACAGAACAAACACACAACAGUUUGUCCUGUUGUGUGUUUGAUUGUGCUGAAAUGUAAAGCAGGAACUAUUUGAUGUGUUCAGGUUCAGGGUUGAUUGUCUGCAGUUUGGUGCGUUGAUGUUUUGUACGUUUUUAUCCGUGAACCCCGGGAAAAAUAGGAGUUGCUACAGAAACAAACAAAAGUGAUAUUUCAUUUCAUUUAUUUGUUUAUUUCACACUUUCUGUUGUUGUUGUUUUAAUGACCAAAAUGAAAAGUAUCAGAUUCAGGAAGUUUGCAUCGUGCUGUGAUGUGUUUAAAACAGGAGGUUAACUGGUGUGAGUGUGAGUGGUUGUCUGUCUCUGUGUUGGCCCUGUGACAGACUGCUGAUCUGUCCUGGGUUAACCCCGCCUCUCGCCCUGUGGAUGCUGGGAUAGACUCCACCCCCUGAGUCCCUGAGGAAGAUGAGCACAGGAGGAGGGAUAGUUGUUUCUCCUGCUAACAGAUUCUUAGACAAACCAGAGUGAUGAUCCUUCUGAGGAUCCUUGUAACGGUGACACGGAGCCGCCACAUCAGACACUCAGAAGAAACUUAGAUUCUCUGUUCAGGACAACAGAUUCAUACGUCAGAGAAACGAAAUCUUUACUUUUACUCUUGACUCAUAUUGAGUCAGCGUGAAGGAAAUGCUGCUGUUUUAUAUUUAUUUUAAAAUUAUGGCUCAUGAUGAAAUGAAUGUUUUGUUAUUGUCACAUGAAGCAGUGACUUCCAUGAUGCUCAUGAUACAUGAAACAUGAUACUGGCUGUUGUUACUGGGAAAUGAACACUAAGCUACAGUAAAGUCCAGCUUUGCUCCUCACUUUAAUGUUUGUGCUCUCACACUGUCAUUACCUUAUUAAUGCUACGUUUCAUAUCUGCAGUCAGAUAAUGUUAACGGUCAUUUACACAGCAGACUCUCAAGCUGUUUCAUUUAAUUAAGACAAAUAUGGCCUUCAUCUUUUAUUCAUUCUCUUAUUUCUCAUGUGCAGAUUUGAAAUUUUGUAUAAAAUGUUUCCUUCUGAUUUGAUGAUUAUUUGCUGCUGUUCAUGAACCUGAAGUAGAGCAGCAGGACAGUGAUGGAAGCAUCCUUCCUAAUGAGGAAGUUGCUGAGCAAGUCUUAACUUGUAUGUUAGGUUUUUUCAUCCUCUUGAAAAUGUAUUCUUCUUUCUAAAGACAUUUUCUGUCCUUACACCAUUUUUGGAAUAUUUACUUAAGCCACGUAUGACUGACCCGUGAAUCUUUCAAGCCUAAAUUGUAACUGUGUGUGUGUAUAUAGGUACGUUUAUCUCUGAGGUAUGACACAUUAUAACACUUCUUUUUUUAACUCCCAAAAGUCAAAAAAAGUAACUACAAACAGUUCAGACAAAGAUAUUUCUGUGUUUUUCACUGACUGAGCAAAGAAAAAAUAGUGAUGAUCAAAAUUUAAAAAAUAUAAUGAAAUAAAAUCUGAGGUUUAAAUAAAUUGUUCUCUUGUGUG